AUGUAUACUUCGCUACGCUUCCUUGCGGUAGCUAUGGGUGUCAUCAAGUCAGUCUACCAAAUAGCGUACGGGAAAGACAUGGACAAGACUUUUUACCAAAGUAUUCAAUUCUGGGAAUUCUUACAACUCAACCUCGGAAUUAUCGCGGCUUGCGCACCAUCUUUGAAGCCUCUUGUCGGCCAUGCCCUCAAGAUUUCGUCGAGCGACCGCUAUCACGGCGAAUUAUACGAGAAUCGAAGACGGACCGGGACGAAUACGUCGAAACGCCGCCAGGGCUACAGAGUUCACGACAGUCAAGUUGAAUACGAGAUGCAUGGUCGUACUUUUGCUGGAUCCUCUGAGGUACAGCGCAGUGCUGUAGAUAACCUGCAUCAAAGCCCAUACGGAAAAGACGGCAGCAGGGGGUCUGGAAGCGAGGAUAUGAUCCUCCAGGAUGAUAAAGGACAAGGGAUCAUGCGGACCACAGAGAUAUCGAUCAAGCGAUGA